AUGCUCGCGGCGAGCGUUGCCGUGCUCUGGCAGUCCUCCAAUUUCCAGGCGCCCAUAUCGUCUCGUGAAUGGCUCUUUCAUAUACACGCACAGAGGCUGAUUUUCCGCAUCAAAGUGUUCACGGAGCGAACUCUUUUGCUGAGCUAUGGAUACCCCUACGAUACGGCAGAUGACAUGCCCUGGAUUCCGCGAUACUAUGAGCUGCCGGCAGCUUUGACGGAUGUCCGGCUUGAGGAUAUGGAGCAGAUAAGGUGUGAAGGGCAUAUUGCCGACACGGACAUCCGCCAGAAGGGCAUCUUUGCUCAU